CACCCACCCCGCAAGGGCCGGCUGCCCGCGGGGCGCCACGCCCCCGGGGUCCGGAAGGCGUGGCAGCCGGCGCAGGGCUUCUGAGAACUUGGAGCCCGGCGGCGCGCGGCUCCCGCUCGGGAUGCGGCGGUGGCUGCUGCUGCUUCCUGGUUCUCAGCUCGCCGAGUGGGGGAGAGCGUGAGCCCGCGGAGGCGGGAGAAGGAGGAGCGGGCGGAGGCGGGGGCAGAGACGCCAAAGCUGGAGCUAGCCGGACGGGUCGCUCCUGCUCUCCGGGGAGACUGUCUGCCCGGGCCCGGAGAAGGGGCGAGCCCCGCGCGCUCCAGGAGGACGGUCGGGAGCCCAGCAGCCCGCCGAGGGCUCGGAGCCCGGCUCCCCUCCUUUCCACCUCUGGAGAAAGGGCGGGAGGGAAGGAGGGGAGGGGAAGAUCCUUCGGAAGAGGCGGAAUGGCCGGUCUCAGGGGGCUCGGGCGCUGCUUCUCCCGGGAGCUGCCUCCACGCCCGUGGCUGCCGAGAGGACUGCCCUGAGCCAGGGCUCUCCGUUCCCCAGUGUCCGUCAGCGCGGCCCCCUCGGGGCUCCGGCAGCAGCGCCGGCAUGUCGUCCGGCACGAUGAAGUUCAAUGGCUAUCUGAGGGUCCGCAUCGGAGAAGCUGUAGGGCUGCAGCCCACCCGCUGGUCCCUGCGGCACUCGCUCUUCAAAAAGGGCCACCAGCUACUGGAUCCCUACCUGACGGUGAGCGUAGACCAGGUACGCGUGGGCCAGACCAGCACAAAGCAGAAGACCAACAAACCCACCUACAACGAAGAGUUCUGCGCCAAUGUCACCGACGGCGGCCACCUGGAGCUAGCCGUCUUCCACGAGACGCCUCUGGGCUAUGACCACUUUGUGGCCAACUGCACGCUGCAAUUCCAGGAGCUGUUGCGCACGGCGGGCACCUCGGACACCUUCGAGGGCUGGGUGGAUCUGGAGCCUGAGGGGAGAGUGUUUGUCGUAAUAACCCUAACAGGGAGUUUCACUGAAGCCACUCUCCAGAGAGACCGCAUCUUCAAGCAUUUUACCCGGAAGCGCCAAAGGGCUAUGCGAAGGCGAGUCCAUCAAGUCAAUGGACAUAAGUUCAUGGCCACAUACCUGAGGCAGCCCACCUACUGCUCUCACUGCCGGGAGUUCAUCUGGGGAGUAUUUGGGAAACAGGGUUAUCAAUGCCAAGUGUGCACCUGCGUCGUCCAUAAACGCUGCCAUCAUCUAAUUGUUACAGCCUGCACUUGCCAAAACAAUAUUAACAAAGUGGAUGCCAAGAUCGCAGAGCAGCGGUUCGGCAUCAACAUUCCACACAAGUUCAACGUUCACAACUACAAGGUGCCCACGUUCUGUGACCACUGUGGCUCCCUUCUCUGGGGGAUAAUGCGGCAAGGACUUCAGUGUAAAAUAUGUAAAAUGAAUGUACAUAUUCGGUGUCAGGCGAACGUGGCCCCAAACUGUGGGGUGAAUGCGGUGGAGCUUGCCAAGACCUUGGCAGGGAUGGGUCUCCAACCCGGAAAUAUUUCUCCAACCUCGAAACUCAUUUCCAGGUCGACACUAAGACGACAGGGAAAGGAGGGCUCCAAGGAAGGAAAUGGGAUCGGCGUUCAUUCUUCCAGCAGAUUCGGCAUCGACAACUUUGAGUUCAUCCGGGUGUUGGGGAAGGGGAGCUUCGGGAAGGUGAUGCUCGCCAGAAUAAAGGAAACAGGAGAGCUGUAUGCCGUGAAGGUCCUGAAGAAGGAUGUGAUCCUGCAGGAUGACGAUGUGGAGUGCACCAUGACGGAGAAGAGGAUCCUGUCCUUGGCCCGCAACCACCCCUUCCUCACCCAGCUCUUCUGCUGCUUCCAGACUCCUGACCGUCUGUUCUUCGUCAUGGAGUUUGUGAACGGAGGCGACCUGAUGUUCCACAUCCAAAAGUCCCGUCGCUUUGAUGAAGCCCGAGCUCGUUUCUACGCCGCAGAGAUCAUUUCCGCUCUCAUGUUCCUCCAUGAGAAAGGCAUCAUCUACAGAGACUUGAAACUGGACAACGUGCUAUUGGACCAUGAAGGUCACUGUAAACUGGCCGACUUUGGAAUGUGCAAGGAGGGGAUUUGUAAUGGAGUCACCACAGCCACCUUCUGCGGCACACCCGACUACAUUGCCCCAGAGAUCCUUCAGGAGAUGUUGUAUGGACCUGCAGUAGACUGGUGGGCCAUGGGCGUGCUGCUUUAUGAGAUGCUGUGUGGGCAUGCGCCCUUUGAGGCUGAGAAUGAAGAUGACCUUUUUGAGGCCAUACUGAAUGAUGAAGUUGUCUACCCUACCUGGCUCCACGAAGAUGCCACAGGGAUCCUCAAAUCUUUCAUGACCAAGAACCCUACCAUGCGCUUGGGCAGCCUGACUCAGGGUGGCGAGCAUGAGAUACUGAGACAUCCUUUCUUUAAAGAAAUUGACUGGACCCAGUUGAACCAUCGCCAGCUAGAGCCACCUUUCCGACCCAGAAUUAAAUCCAGAGAAGAUGUCAGCAAUUUUGACCCAGACUUCAUAAAAGAAGAGCCAGUUUUAACUCCCAUUGACGAGGGACAUCUUCCUAUGAUUAACCAGGAUGAGUUUAGAAACUUUUCCUAUGUGUCACCAGAAUUGCACCUGUAGCCUUAUGGGGAAAGAGAACCGAAGGGGAACGUGGAUUUUUUUCCAGGAAUUUCUUCUGUGGGAAUUCCCUAGCAUCCACCUCAGAGCACCGUCUUCACCUUCAAGGAGCAAAUGUCCACAACUUGGUGAAGGGUGGCGCCUCAAGAGAGCCGCUCUCUCAAGUCCCAGGGAGCCAUGGUACAUUCCAGCAGUUGAUACUGAGAGAAGGUGUCACAGAGGUGUGCACUGCUCAACCCAUGAGUCUCCAGAGCUCUUUCAGGCUUGGAGGAAAGGACAGAAGCCAAAAGAAGAGAUGCUGGGGAGAAUACAGGAGGUCCUGGGGAUUACAAGCCAAACCGGCUUCUUUAUUUUUUUAACUUCAAGAGACAAAUCUUUCUGUGGAGCACUCUACACUCUUCUUUAAGCUAAUACUGCAGUCUGCAAAAGAUUAAAUGCUGAUGAAGAAGUUGAAGGUCUCUCUAGGGAAACGAGUAGCAUUCUGAGGAGAAGGAUAUGCUUUGAAGAAACUGCAGAUGGGGAUCCUUCAAGCUCCCAACCUAAACCCAGUGUUGAGAACAGAGGUUGGACACCAUGACAACCGUCAGUGUCUUGAGUCUCUGUCUCUUCCUUUCAGUAACUAGAUAUUUAUUGAGUGUCAAAUAAAAAGGUGCCAUAAUCUUCAGUAGUGUACACAGUAGAGUCCCCUUCAUGAGGCUUUCACUCAUGCUGGGGUUCACCCAAUGGUGUUUGCAUUCUGUGAAAGGCCUCUCCACAUUCCAUAGGUCUGUCUUCUUUGUCUCCUGUUCAUAGAAGGGCCACCACCACAGUAGUGGGGUCAGCAAGCAGGCUUCCGUUGCAUGCCACCUGCUGACUGGUGGAAUCUAAUCACCUCCACAUACGUCAUCUCAGGCUGACUCAUUGGCAAAGAACCUCGCACCGUUCCCAUCCGUGAACACGUGUGGCGGAUCCAUUGGCAGUCAGUCUAUUUAAGUUAUGUCUUCAGAGACAAAGAAGGUUGUUUGAUAUACACAUUAAUAAUUAACAAUGGGCCUUGUAAACAAGGCUGGCGACAAAGGUGUACCUUUUCAUGUGUAACCAUAUAGAUACAGUUGAAAAAUUUUAUCUGGCUGGAAAUAAAGGCAUUUUGUAGCAAAAGGAAA